CCAAUAAACGACCUGUAGCAAACCAUUCAUUACACUAUUGCAAUGUUCAGAUAAUAAAACACAGAGCAAACCAGAAAUAGAUACAGAGAAUCCACGGGUCAAUCAGAUUCGGAUCAGAAAGAGAGAGAGAGAAAGAAGAAUCAGGAAAAAAAUGGUGGCGAUAUCGCUAUACAGAGGGAACCUGCACAGAGUUCCCGACGUGCCUCGCCGAUGGCUCAUGCCAACCCCUAAACUCUCCCUCAAAGACUUCAAGUCUCUCCUUCACCGUCGCUCCAAAGCCCUCUCUCGCCUCCGCUCCACCACCCCUGACCCGGACCCGAACUCGAGCCAGAACCCCGACCUGAACCAGCAAGCCGAAGCUCCGAAAGAGAACCCGGUUUUGGUUGAGCCUAAGUUGGAAGAAGAAAAGGCCAGUGAUUGCGAAGAAGCCCCGCCGAAGAAUGAGGAAAACGAUCAGAGAAGAACCGACGGUGGUGAUUGCUCGGUGAAACCGGUUGUUGUUGAUGCGCCGGAUUUGAAGCCUGAGAAAAUCGAUUCCGGUGCGGUUGGUGCCGAUGUUGACGGACAAGCUUUGCCUGCCGAAACAAAACCGGUUGAUUUGGCAAUCGCGAACCCUAAUUCUGAGGUAAGCGACAAAGUGGAUGUGUUAAACAAAAAACAGAAAAGGAAAAGGGAGGUUGAAGAUAAGUUAGAAAGUUUGAAUGCUAAGAAACAUAAUCUAGUACUAGUGCUAAAGCAGAUCUUGAAUGCAGAGGAAGAACUGAAGAGGCGAAAUAGUAUGCAAGGAAUGGGGAUUCGUCCAUCUGUUCCACUUCAAGGGGAUGGUGCAAAUGACAUGGGGUCAUUGACUAGGCAUAUUGCUCCAAGGAUGGGCUCAGAGGCAAAUCUUGGUGGAGAUAUGGAAGGGACAGAAGCUGACGAUCCUUUAAAUCAUAGCAUUAAUCCUCGCCAUGUGCUUCGGACUAGCAGUAUGUCACCAUCUUCAGAGUCUCCUCUUCGAAGGCCUGUCUAUAAUCAACACAUGGUUUCACACCCCUCACGUACGAGUUUAGUGGCAAUCGGCAGUCCAUCACGCUUUGCUCCCACUGGGCAUCCGGGGAAUUCUGGAAACCUGCCCACAUUAUCUGUAUCAGGAACAAAUUACAUUCCAUCCUCUCCUUCCCCUGCAGCAUCUGGUGGUACAUCUGCUUUUAGAGAUGCUCGGCUACCAAGUCCAUGGAAUUAGAAGGUCAGACGUCAACAUCCUUCACAUAACAUCAGUCUCAAAUUUUUUUUUUUUUGGGGUCCCUGUCAAGGUACGUCAUCUUCUGAUUGGGCAAUGCUACCAUGCUGAGUUCUGAAAUGUCGAGCACCUCUUUGUUUCAAUUUCUCAGAGCCAUUAUAGUUUCUGUUCAGGAAAAUAUAAAUCCAGGUUUUAUUACCCUUUCAGCAUUUGUGGUCAACGAGAAUCAGAAACUUGUGUUGUAUCAUUCUUCUGAAUCAGCGCUGUGUGUAUUGAUGUUGUAAACUAAAAAAAAUUUCUUGCAGGCUUGAGCUGUACAAAAGAAAAAUGUUCAAGAAUUGAAAAAUUAGACUGAUGUAUUGUUUUCUUUUUAUAAUGGUCUUCACAUUUUA